AUGUCUAUGAAAGAAGCAGGAGCCAACGCCCCCUCUGGGGUCGUUGCUUCCCAGGGAAGCUCGGCAGUGACCCGGCCACCCGAGACACCCGCGGAGGAACUGAAUCGAAGAGGUCGGGGGGCCCGUAGAAGCGGCAAAGGUGGCGGCUGGAGAGACUCCUCCGCUGGACCCCAGGAACCGCCGCUCUGCUUUGGAUUGAAGAAAGACUGGGUCGGCACCGUGAUCGGUCGUGGUGGGUCAAAAAUAAGAGAUAUUCAAAGUACAACAAACACCAAAAUACAGAUAAUAAAAGGGCAUCCGGAAGCUGAGGUCAAAAUUUUUGGCAGCAAAGCAAUGCAGACAAAAGCUAAAGCAAUGAUAGAGAAUCUUGUUAAAAAACAAGAUUACAGUUCACCUAAAGUUGAUAUUGUUGCAUUCCAACCUUCUGUUGGAAAAUAUGUACAGACAGAUGACAGUUUUGUCACAGAUGAUCAACCUUUGAUUGAUUGGGAUCAGAUUCGAGAAGACGCUUUGAAAUGGGAAAAAAAAAAAUGGGCAGAUUUACCUCCAAUUAAGAAAAAUUUUUAUACUGAGUCAGAAACCACAAGCUCAAUGUCACAAGUGCAAAUAGACAAUUGGAGGAAGGAAAAUUAUAAUAUAAUGUGCGAUGACUUGAAAGAUGGUAAAAAACGCCCUAUCCCCAAUCCUACGUGUAAAUUUGAAGAUGCCUUUCAGUGUUAUCCUGAAGUUAUGGAAAACAUUAAAAAGGCAGGUUUUCAAAAGCCAACACCAAUUCAGUCACAGGCAUGGCCAAUAGUUCUGCAAGGAAUCGAUCUUAUAGGAGUAGCCCAAACUGGAACAGGGAAGACAUUGUCCUACUUAAUGCCUGGAUUUAUUCACUUGGACUCUCAACCAGUAACUAGAGGAAAAAGGAAUGGGCCUGGUAUGUUAGUCCUUACACCCACUCGAGAAUUAGCUCUUCAAGUGGAAGCUGAGUGUUCAAAAUAUAUAUAUAAAGGUCUUAGAAGUGUGUGUAUAUAUGGUGGUGGAGACAGAGGUGGACAAAUAAAAGACUUGCUAAAGGGUGUAGAUAUCAUUAUUGCAACUCCUGGGAGAUUGAAUGAUCUGCAAAUGAAUAAUUUUGUCAACCUGAGAAGCAUAACCUACUUGGUUUUAGAUGAAGCUGACAAGAUGUUGGAUAUGGGAUUUGAACCCCAGAUAAUGAAGAUUUUAUUAGAUGUGCGCCCAGACAGACAAACUGUGAUGACAAGUGCAACUUGGCCAUAUGCUGUCCGUCGACUUGCACAAUCAUAUUUGAAAGAGCCAAUGAUUGUAUAUGUUGGCACUUUGGAUCUAGUUGCUGUCAAUACCGUGAAACAGAACAUAAUUGUCACCACAGAAGAGGAGAAACGAUCUCAUAUUCAAACUUUCCUAGAGAACAUGUCUCCCAAAGAUAAAGUCAUAGUAUUUGUCAGCAGAAAAUCUGUUGCUGAUCACUUAUCAAGUGACCUGGUUCUCCGACAUAUAUCAGUAGAGUCUCUGCAUGGCAAUAGAGAACAGAGCGACCGAGAGAGAGCAUUAGAAAAUUUUAAAACAGGUAAAGUGAGAAUACUGAUAGCUACUGACUUAGCAUCUCGAGGUCUCGAUGUCCACGAUAUCACACAUGUCUAUAAUUACGAUUUUCCACGAAACAUUGAAGAGUAUGUACACAGAGUAGGGCGUACUGGAAGAGCAGGGAGGACAGGAGUGUCAAUUACUCUUGUCACUAGAAAUGAUUGGAGGGUUGCUAAUGAAUUAAUUAGUAUUCUGGAAAGAGCACAUCAGAGUAUCCCAGAGGAUCUUGUGUCUAUGGCUGAGAGAUACAAGGCAAAUAAGCUGAAAAAAGAAAUGGAAAAAAAAAUGGGAAGACCCCAAGGAAAACCCAAGAAACUUUUCUAA